GUGAAUGGAGCAUGCGUGGAGUGCGCAAUGGUUGCGGAGUGAAUUUCGUUUCUUGGCUCCGAAAACAAAAUUAAAUGAGGCGCGGAAGAGAGUGGUGAUAGAUACGGCGGAUGGACGGACAGGAUUCUUAAAGAUCUUAUGUGAGCUACAAACACCGAAUAAGAAUCUCCCGAUCCCCCGUUUGCUCCAACUGGGACAACGUUUCCAGGCUUACUCCCGGUGACAGGCCCCGGCCUGACGGCCGCCAUCAUUAUUGGGGGCACUGGCAGCUGGGCCGCCGUCCUUGUAGGGGGCAUUGUUUGCACAGACGAGGUCAAAAUUGUUGCCCAUUGUUCAGAAUGGACACAACUUGUCCACCAAGCUGCAUUAGCCUUUCACACCCAAUGUCUCAUUGAGGAGACAGAGCGGUGGCACAUAGAGAGAAAAAAAUCUUGCUUCUGGAUUCCAUCAGAUGUCUUGCCCAAAGAUCCUUGGCUGUGUUCAGUCAUAUGAAGACCCAGGACAGAAACUCGACCUGUGUCGAUGUCAGCCUUGACUCGAAAGACUGCUGACCACAUCGUGUGCAGCAUGGACCACGUGGUCACCCUUGGCAAGGAGGAGGGGAUGUUGUGAAUUUGACUCCUAUAUUGACUGGGAUAGAGUUUUGAAAUCCCUUUUCCUGGGCGUUAGAAGAGGAGGAUUUACACAGUUUAAACCCAGACCAAGUGAAAUGCUUGCCUCUUCUGAAUGUCGAUCUCUGACUCACUGCUUGAUUUUGUAAACUUCUUGCAGGACAUUUGAAGAGAAUGUGCAGUAACAUCACCUACUCCUUGAGUAAUUCCUGAACUCUGAGAUUUUAUUUUUCUCUGACUUCACUUCUUCUGAUAGCUUUCUAGCUGCAGGCUCCAAUAGGGGAUUUUCAAAACAAGAGAACAGUUUCAAAGGGGGCAAGAGUCUGGUUUAAGUCCCAACCGGGCUGCAGAUUCCCUUUUGUGAAGGACACUGAUGAACCCGUUUGGUUUUUCUGACAAUCAAUAGCCUUCAUGGUCACAGGUUCUGGUCAUUCAGAGGAGUUUCACAACCAGCGCUUGUGUUUUCGUGGAUUUUCUGUCACUCUCAGCUUCUGUUUCAAAACAGCUUCACAGGACAUUGAAGAGAGGACUUGAGGUGAGAAAAGUCAGACCCAAAUCAUAUAAGGGCCUGAUGAAGUCACCCAAUUUGUUGCAACCUUAAGACCAUUGGAUUUUGAACAUGGAAGGAAACAGCUCCGUUCAGUGCAGGGAGGAACCAGAUUCGUGUUAUGUGUGGGGCCCAGGUUUCAGCCAAUUGCCUGGUCUGUCCGAACAUGACUGCGACCUCAGCGGGGGUAAACCAUGGAAAUGUGGAGACUGCGGGAAGGGAUUCAAAUCGCCGUCUGAGCUGGACACUCAUCAGCGCAGUCACACAGGGGAGAGGCCUUUCACCUGCUCCGAGUGUGGAAAAGGUUUCUCUCAAUUAUCCACCCUGAAGACACACCAACGAGUUCACACCGGGGAGAGACCGUUCAGGUGUUCUGACUGUGGGAAGGGUUUCACCCAGUCCUCCGCCCUGCAGACACACCAGCGAGUUCACACCGGGGAGAGACCGUUCAUCUGCUCUGACUGUGGGAAGUCGUGCUCUCAGUUAACAAAUCUCCUCGCACAUCAGCGCGUUCACACUAACGAGAGACCUUUUAAGUGCCCAGACUGUGGGAAAUGCUUUAAAAGUUCUGGGGAACUGAUGCGCCACCAGCGACUCCACACAGACGAGAGACCGUUCAGGUGCUCUCAUUGUGGGACUGGCUUCAAGCGAUCGUCUCAACUCACUGUCCACCAGCGAAUUCACACUGAGGAGAGGCCAUUUACAUGCGCCGAGUGUGGGACAGGAUUCACUCGGUCAUCCCACCUGCUGACCCACCAGCGAGUUCACUCCGGAGCGAGACUGUUCACCUGCUUGGAGUGUGGCAAGGGAUUCACUCGUUCAUCCAUCCUGGUGAUACAUCGGCGCACUCACACUGGGGAAAGGCCGUUCACAUGCUCUGAGUGUGGGAAGGGAUUCAUUAAUUCGUCCAACCUGCUGCGACACCAGCGAGUUCACAAGCAACCACAUCACACUGGGGAGAGGCCCUUCAUGUGUCCUAAUUGUGGUAAGGGAUUCACUUGCUCAACAACCCUGCGGACACACCAGCGUGUUCACACUGGAGAGAGACCAUUCAUUUGUUCCAUGUGUGGGAAGGGAUUCACCCGAUCAUCCCACCUAGUGACACACAAGCGGGUUCACACUGGGGAGCGACCUUUUAAAUGCCCAGAUUGUGAGAAGUGCUUUAAAAGGUCCGACGAACUGGUGUACCACCAACGGGUUCACGCUGAUGAGAGACCAUUCAGGUGCCCUCAUUGUGGGACUGGCUUCAGGCGAUCAUCUGACCUUGCUAUACACCAGCGAAUCCACACUGGGGAGAGGCCAUUCUCCUGCUCUGAGUGUGGGAAGGGAUUCACUCGGUCAACCCACUUGCUGACACAUCAGCGUGUUCACACUGGGGAGAGACCUUUUGUAUGUCCAGACUGUGAGAAAUGCUUUAAAAGUUCUGCAGAACUGAUUUACCAUCAACGUGUUCACACUGAUGAAAGACCGUUCAGGUGCUCUCACUGCGGGUCUGGGUUCAGGGGAUCAUCUCAACUCACUGAACACCAGCGAAUUCAUACCGGGGAGAAGCCAUUCACUUGCUCCGAGUGUGGAAAGAGAUUCACACACUCAUCCAACCUGGUGUUACACAAGCGAGUUCACACUGGCGAGAGACCAUUCACUUGCCCCGAGUGUGGGAGGGGAUUCACUCGAUCAUCCCACCUGCUGAGACACCAGCAGGUUCACAACAUGGAGAGUGACCUGGUAAAUGUUAACACUGUGGGCAGCGCUUUAACGGGUCAAUUGAACUAAUGCCCUGUCAGUAUGUUCACUGAUGAGAAAGUGUUUGGUCCUCUCGCUAUGGAGCUGGGUGUAGGCAAUCACCAAACACUAGCUGACUUCUCCUGCAGAAUGAUCAUUUACAUAGGAUUCUCUUGUUUAUCAACAAGUUCACCAGUGACAGUAGAGAUUGGAUUGUUAAUCACAUCAAAGACUGAACUGUGUUCAUUCUGACAGUGAGGGUUGGUUUCUGAUCUCAUUAGCUAAUGGUGCCCCACAACAUCUCUUAUUUGCGUGUGAAUAGACUAUUAUGUCUUCAAACAUCAUUUUGACAUUUAAGUUCUCCACGAUAAAUAAUGAACUGUCAGUGAAUAAUAAUCAGACCACAGUCCAGUCCUGUAGCUCUGUACUGACAGGAGAGAAUCUGUUCUGUAAUUUGAGGAUGAAGCUGGUGUAACCUCUGAAUGCUGGCAAUUUGAUAAGACAGGCUGUGCAAAACUGUUAACCUGUCAGAUUUUGAUGGAAUCCUCUUAAAGUCUAAUUAAUUGUAACUCACUGAUUAGCCUGCAGCACCUUUGUUCCUUGUUUUGUGAAGUUACUCUCCCCUUUAUUGCUGAACUGUGAUUCCAUUUACACGUUGGGGAGAGGCCAUUUAUCUGCUUGUGUGUAGGAAGGGAUUUAGUCAAGCAUCCAACCUGCUGAGACACCAGCUAGUUCACUAGUAACAGCAAAGUUUGGAUUCUGUUGUUAUUGCUGCUCUGUGAACUGAACUAUUUUCAUUCUGACAGUGGGGCUUUAUUUCUGAUGCCAGUUGCCCCUUUUAGAAUUAGCAUGACCCCACAACAUCUCUCAUUCAUAUGUCAUCAGAGCAUUCUCUCUCCAAAUCUCAUUUUUAGAUUUAAAUUCAGAGCUGUAUUGAACUGAAGAUGAACAAUGGACCAAUCACAGUCUAGAUUUGCAGCUGUAUGUUAACAGGAGUGACUCCAUUCUGCAUCUGUAGGAUGAAGGUGUGAAAGCUCUGUAUGUUGCUAUCGUAAGCUAUUUGAAAGAAGGGCUGUUCAAAGCUGAUAACGUCAGAUAGUGUCUUCAUCCAAUUAUUUAAGCUGUUUUACAAAUGACCUUUCCUGCAUUGCAAGGUUCAAGGGAUGGAUGUUCACUAAUAGUUGGACAGCAUUGUGAUGGUUCAGCAGUAUUUGCGACUCCUCAGAAACUGAAGCAGCCUGUGUCCAAAUGUAGCAAGACUUAGGCAACACCCAGGUUUGAAUGGGUAUGUGGGAAGUAACGUUUUCACCACACAAAUGUCAAGCUAUGGCUACCUCCAACAAAAAAUGAACACAAUCGUUGUUUUUCUACAUUCAGUUGCAUUACCGUUGCUGAAUCCCUCACUAUGAACAUCCUGGUGCUUAUUAUUGACCAGAAACUGAAUGGACCAGACAUAAAAAUACAGUGAUUACAAAAGCACAUCAGAGGGUAGGAAUCCAGUGUGAUUAACUCAGCUCCUGACUCCCCAGAUCCUGUGCGCCAUCUAUGAGGCACAAGUCAGGAAUGUGGUGGAAUAUAUUACACUUGUCUGGGAGAGUGUAGUUCCAACAACAUUCAAGAAGCUUGACAAAUAUCAGGGCAAAGCAGCCUGCCAUUUCAUCUAAUAUGUUCAACAUUCACAAACUCACCACCAUUGCAGUAGCAUAAAUAAAUGACAUUUACAAAAUGCACUGCAACAUUUCACUCUGACUUGUUUAACAGCACCUUCUAAACCUACAGCCUUGACCACCUCAAAGGAGAAGGGCAGCAGAAACAAGGGAACACCACAACCUGCAAGUUCAUGUUCCAGGCCACAUACCUCCUUGACUUGGAACUGUAUUUGCCAUUUCGUCACCAUUGCUAAGACUAAAUUCUAGAUCUACUUUCUUAACAGCAUUAUGGGUGUCCGUAUACUGCAUGGACAGCAACAGUUAUGGAAGGCAACUCACCUCCAUCUUCUCACAGGGCAAUUAUGAUGGGUAAUAUUGCUAGCCCAGUCAGUGAUACUCACAUUCCAUGAAUAAAUAAUAAUACUAUAUUAUAGGAACACUUACUCAUUAAAAACCCACUAAUUGAUCACCUCAAACCAUUCUCCACACUGUGAUGAAUACUUAGCAUCUUACAGUGAAUGAGUUUAUGAGUUAAUUCUCCUUAUUAGAGCUGAGCUGUUGAAUAACUCUCAUUAUCUUUACAUCUCUCCACAAAAAAAGUCUGCCCACCUAUCACUGUAAUUUUUUUAACAAUAAUCAAUAUUUGUGGCAUGAUUUUGUAGCGUGGGAUCUUGGUGAUUUCACAGGAAAGAUUGAACUUGCCCUCUCGGCAGUUUGACAGAGCCAGACUGAGAUUUCAUGAUCAUAAGAAGCAAGAUCAAGCAUUGUCCAUUAAGUCCUUUGAGCCUGCUUUGUCAUUAACUGUGAUCAUGGCUGAACUCACAGCUCAGCUGCCCCCUCCACAUGUCCCUUCAUUCUAUUUGGACCCAAGUAUCUAUUGACAUCGGCCUCAAAUCUAUCAAUCACUGAGUAGUUACAGCACUGUGGAAGAGAUAAUCCACAGGUUGACAACCCUUAGGGUGAAGAAAUCACUUCUCACCUCAGUCUCUAAUUGUCAAACGCUUAUUCUGAUAUGCAAGUUCCCGUGCAGGACAGGACGGGGUCAUUCACGCCAUGGAGUCAGUUUCACUAUUCAGUAAGAUUAUUGCUUAUUUUCGACUGAUCACCACUUCCCUGCACUAUCUUCAUAUCCAUUCAUGUUUGUGGUCUCCAGAAAUCUGUCAUGUUCUGUCCUGUAUGUGCCUAAUGAUUGAGCUUUGAGCCCUCUUGCGUGGAGUAUUCCAAAGGUUUAAUGAAAGAAAUUCUUCUGCAUUUCAGGCUUCUAAAUUUUGUGAAAUGGGCCUGUUUUACUCAAUGUCUCUUUAUCACUCAACAGCCCUAUCCCAGGAAUCCAUCCCUUGAACCUAUCCUGUACUUCCCAUGUCAGUCCCUCCGUUGAUGAGAAGUGUAAACUUUCAUACAGCACCUCAGAUUUGGUCUCCCUAUAAUCACAGGAAGCCAUCUUCAAUCUUAUAGAAUCCCUACAGUGUGAAAGCAGGCCAUUCAGCCCAUUGAAUCCACAACUGUAAAGCGAGAUCCACCCCAUUCCUGUUACCCUGCAUCUACCAUAGCAAAUCCACCUAACCCGCACAUCACUGGGCACCAUGGGCAAUUUAGCAUAGUCAGUGCACCUAACCUGCACAUCUUUGGAUUGUGGGAGGAACCUGGAGCACCCAGAGGAAACCCACCUAGGCACAGGGAGAUUGUGCAAACAUCACACAGAUGGUUGCCUGAGGCAGGAAUUGAACUCAUGCUGAGGAAGCAGUGCUAACCAUUGUGCUGCCCAGUACUUUGUAAUAAAAACUAAGCUGCCAAUUGUCUUGCCAGUGGUUGGUUAGCUCAGUUGGCUUGAUCAUUGGUGUGUAGUUCAAUUCUUCCUCUCAUUCUGUGGAGUACUGGGAUUCACCUCCUGGGCUCUGAGAGUGGAGUAGCAACCUUAAUGGAUGAAAACUACGAGGAAAAAACACAGGAUGAACAUUAGCAGACAAUGAGCCAAGAACCUGUGUUAGGCCAGAGCAUUAAUGGGAUGGAAACUGUAUCUUAAUCUUCCAUUAUUUUGUACAAGGAUACCCAGGUCCCAAUCAGGGCAGAACAUUCUGCUGUUGAUCUAUAUAAACAAAGUGAAUAACUCAGUAUUUCACCUCAUUGUAUUCCAUCUGCCUUGUAUUUACCCAUUUACCUGACCUGUUUACAUCCUUCAACAGCUUUUUGGAGUCCUCAUCUCCACUCAUUAUCCCACCAAAUUUUGUAUCACCAGGAUGAAGGUAGGCAAGCCCAGAGGAUUUGUCACCACUUAAUCCCAUUGACUUUUCAAAUGCUGCUUUUUUAAGUUCCUCCUUCUCACUGGAUAUUCAUUACACCAGUAUUUCUAGAGUGCAUUUUAUAUGUCCCACUGUGAAGACAGCUAGAAUUGUUUUUUUUAAAUGUCACUGUCAUUUCCUUUUUUAUGCUCAAUAGUUACAUAUGUCUCUGCCUCUCAUGAGCCCAGGUUUAGAGUCCAUUAAUAAGGAUCUUGAGACAUUGAAUAAAAUGGACCUACUCAGAAACCUGAGAUGUGCAGGAAUUUCUUCAAUGAGAGGGUGGUGAAUCUGUGGGAUUCUCUACCCAAGGGCUCAAAGUUCAGGCAUACUAUUUACAAACCUAUAAAAAUGUUUACAAUCUUUUUUCAAUGUUUUUUGUUAGUUGUUGUCAUUUUCGUUGUUCUCCUUUCUUACUAAUUUCUUGAUAUUAUUUUUGAAAGUCUAUGACAUUUUAUUGUACAAUCAUGCAGCUGUUGUCCAAUGACAGGUGACUUCAUGUGCCACUACAUGAGGGUGCAGGCUGUGAUUAACAGAUUUUCCAAACUCCCAUUAUCUCACUAUUCUAACUAGUACAAAUUGGUUUAAAGCGUCACAAAUUCUACUUGCACACAUGCAGAGAAAGGAAGAGCAUCACUACAAUUUCAGCUGAUGCUAAGAUUUGUCAAGUCAGAUCCUGGAGUGAUUUGGCUUGAUAGACCAUAAGUUUUAAUGUUGCAAUUUAGUUACCAUGUGGCCAGUCACAGAAAAGUAAAUCACAUGGAUAAGCCAAAAUACUUCCAAUAACAUAACAUCAAAUUGUGUUUAAUUUUUAUUUAAAGCAGCAAGAAGCUUAAAACAGUGCAAAGGAAGAAUUCAACAAUUUUUCCACAGUAUCCUUUACAGAUACUCGACUCCAGUGAAGUGACUCCAAUCAUAAUUCUCUAAUUUGCUUAAAUGAAGUUUCAGACAGUUUCUUUCAGAUUUGCUGUACACUUUUCAGAUGUAAUUCUCUCAGUCUCUUCAAAAAAAUCAAAAAUACAAGUGAACCUACAGACUUUCCUUGUUGAAUCUUAAGGGAAACUCUGUCCUCCAGCUUUUCUUCUUCAACAGAAAAAAAAACUUCUUUCCAGUGUGAAGCUUCCACAAACCAAACCUCUUUUUUUCUGGAUUAGCUGUUUCUUCUGACCUCAGCUUGAAAGAGGCUCCUGAUCAUGUUUCCCUGUAGGCCAUUAAAAGCAAACUUAGUAAACAUUGCACCAAAGUAGCUUGCUGGUCAUUUAAGAUAGGCCACAUGUUUUCUUGGAAAUAAAUUUGAACUUACCAUUAAAAAAAUGUUUUCUAACCUUUAAAAAAAGUCCCUUUUGCAACUGUAACAAAACCUACCUCCUUUUACCUUCAAAUGCAAAUUCCCAAAUUACACCAAUAUAUUAGAAAUCUUUAUCACAACUCUGACUUACUCUAUUAACGCAGAGAUGACAUCAUUCUUACAGACAGUAACUAGAGACUGGACGACUGUUUGAAUCUCUUCUCGUUUGCACAGCAAAUCUUACAGUUCUGACAAACGGUCACUGAACCUGAAACGUCAUCUCUGCUUUCCACAAAUGCUGUCAGAACUGCUGAGCUUCUCUGACAAUGCUGUUCUCUGUUGCAAUGCUUAACGUAUCUCUUCACUCUGAAUGUGUUGCUGUUUCUGGAAUGCGGACAAUUUGGCAAAUUCCUUACCACAGUGUGGCUACACCGAGGAUAAAUUUCCAGCUGGGGUGAAGUAUUGAAUUCCUCACAUUUCCACUGGUCCUCCCUAUUGUGGGCGUCCUUAGGCUCUCCAGGUUGUAUGUUAGAGCUGAAGCGUUACAUUGACCUACACAGGAUAUUCUCAGAAACAGAGUAUGCAACUCAGCUAAUCCAUUCUGGCCUCUGUGUUCCACUUUAGGCUCUGUCAUUUUUCGACACAAGUUCUACCCUUGUAUUCUCAUACUCCCCUCUCCCUCGUAUAUUUGCCUAGCCUCCUUAUAAAUGGAUCAGCACUAUUCAUUUCAACCACUCCUUGAGGCAGUGAGUUCUACAUCCCCGUAUUGUUGCAGUGAAGCAGUUUUUUUCUGAAUUCCCUACCAGUUUUCUUGGUGAGCAUCUUGUAUUGAUGGUCUCUUCCCUUCAGGAGGGAACUUUCUCUCUGUAUCCCUCUAUCAAACCUGUCAUAAAGUUAAAGAAUUCUAUUAGGUCACUCCCUUGGCCAGGGAAAUGUGAUCCAGCCUGUUAACCUUUUCAAGAUCUGUAUCCCACACAUUUCUGUGAUCAUCAUUACAAAUCUUUUGUGCUCCCUCUCCACUGCCUCAGUAUGAUUUUUUCAUAAAAUAUGAGCAGAAAUAUUGGCUAUAAGGUAGGAGAAAGCACAAUGGGACCUUGAUUAAAUGGGCCGAGAAGUAGCAGAUGAAGUUUAAUUUAGACAAAUAAGAGGUGUUGCAUUUUGGUUAGGCAAAUCACAGCAGGACUUGUACAGUCAGUGAUUCGGUCGUGGGGAGUGUUGCCAAACAACGAGAUUUUGGAAUGCAGAUUCAUAGAUGCUUGAAAGUAGAGUUGCAGGUAGGAAGGUUACUGAAGAAGACAUUUGGUACGCUUGCCUUUAUUUGUCAGUGCAUUGAGUACAGGAGUUGGGAGGUCAUGUUAUCACUGUACAGGACAUUGGCUACGCUAUGUUUAGAAUACAGCAUUCAGUUCUGGUCUCCCUGCUAUGAGAAAAAUGUUGCUAAACUUGAGUGGGUUCAGAGCAGAUUUACAAGAUAUUGCUGGGUUUGGAGGAUUGAGCUGUUAGAGAAGCUGAAUAGGCUGGGGGAUUUUCCCUGGAUUGUCAGAGGCUGAGGUGAGACCUUAUUGAGAUUUAUAAAAUCUUGAGAGGCACGGAUAGGGUGAAUAGCCAAGGUCUUUUUCCCGGGGUAGAGGAGUCCAAAACGAGAGGACAUAGUUUUAAGGUGAAAGAUAUAAAAGUGACCUAAUGGGCAAUAUUUUCAUGCAGAAGAUGCUGCAUAUAUGGAAUGAGUUGCCAGAGGAAGUGGUGGAGGUGGGUCAAGUUACAAUAUCUAAAAAGCAUCUGCAUGGGUACAUGAAGAGAAAGACUUUAGAGGAAUUGGGCCCCAAUGCUGGCAAAUUAAUUUAGGAUAUCUGGUGGCGUGGACGAGUUGGGCUGAAGGGUCUGUUUCCAUCCUGUACAACUCUAUGACUUUAUAGGUGCGCACAGUGGCUGGUGAAAUUUCUGAUGCUAGAUUGUCAGAGUAUACAAAAUGGGGGUUGAGAUAAUAUAUAAUCUUAAAGUAGUUAAUUCAGGAACAAGAGUUAAAAUUCAAAGCAAGAGCUAAACAGACAGGGAAAUCAUGUGGCUAGUGACAGACAGGAACGGUUUAUUAAGCCCAGAAGACAGACUGAGAAUUCUUGUGGUUUGUAACAGAGACCGAAGUGUCUUGUUUCAGCGCCUGUGUGAGUCACAUGCCUAUCUUAUGCCUGUCAGCCAUCAAACAGCUGUGGCAACUUUCUUUUGAGAGAGAAACAGAGCUAUUUUGAUUAUAUUUCAAGAUAUUUUCUCAGAGUUUACAAAUUUAUCGGACAAUGAUUUCUUACAGUCUUUGGUCGGAUCUGUCUCCCUCCUGUGCUGAGGGCAUUUCUAUACCAGAUGGGGAGGUAACGUUUGGAGAAUCUCAAUUCUCCCCUAUUUCCAUUCCCUUUCUUUCUGCAAUAAUGAAGGAGCCACUGGAAUGCGCAAUCAGUAAGACUUGUCAGCAAAAACUAAUCUGCAUGUCCUCACUGGAAAAGCUGAUCAAUGGAUUCUUUGAAACAUUGAACUGUCAAGAUCAUACCAAAGAUCAAUUUAGAAUUGAAGUAAAAAUUCAUGGCACUGUGAAGAGAGCUCCUGAAAUCAAAGGGAAAGGUCACAGACAGCAGUUCUCAAAGGGACACUGCAUCUUUGGUAAGACAGUCAGCUCUUGAUGCAGAAUAUUAAGCUCUAGUUCCAGUUACAGAGGUUAUUAACAACAACAGGAUCAAACCCCAUGUAAGAAGGAACAUGAUUCAUGUUGUAUAAUCAAGUUGAUUUUAAUUAUGAUGACACUUACAACAGGAAGCCAUCAGUCUAGAAUGAGCAUGUAAAGAGGUAGAUCCUUCUUUCAAAAGCUGUUUUUGAUUACAUCUGUUAUUGUAGGCUAAUAAAGGAGUGUUACAGUGGAUAUGG